GGCCUCCGAGACUGUCACUGGGCUCCCGGCUGUCGGGCCGUCCCCGGUGCUGCGGACAGGAGCGCGGCUGGCCCGGCCGGUUCUCCGGGGGGUUCUGGUGGCCGGAGGCGUGGGGCCCGGCCCGAUCCACGCGCGCCCCCGGCCACGCCCCCGCCCCGCAGCCGCGGUCGCUCGGGUGCAGUGUGGGCAGCCCCCAGGGGCCUCGGGGCGGCGCCGACCCGCGCGCUCUCUGGCCUCCCCGGCGCCGCAGGGUUGGUGCGUGGCGGUCCGCGCCCUGGACGCACAGGGGGACUGAGACCAGGAGCGGGGGUCCGGGUGGGCCGUCGCCAGCGCCGGUUCCGAUGGCCGCGGCGACGCAGGCGCUAAUGGUCUUUGAGGAUGUGGCCGUGUACUUCUCCCGGGAAGAGUGGGGGCUCUUGGACUCGGCCCAGAGGGCCUUGUACCGCCAGGUGAUGCUGGAGAACUUCGCCCACGUGGCCUCGCUGGGACUCUCUGCCUCCCGACCUCGGAUAGUCCUCCAGCUCGAGCGCGGUGAGGAGCCCUGGGUUCUCAGUGGGCUGGAUGUGGCCCUGGCCAGGGACGCCCAGAGGAGGCCCAGCCCUGGUUCCCAGCGCCCGGCAAAGGACAGAGCUGGUUCUGGGGAAGCAGCGUGGCCCUUCCCGGAAAGGCCCCCCCUGACAUCUCCCGGGGUCCCCCGCACCCCUGCCACCUGUGAGCCCGGAGAUCGCCUGGAGGGGCGUCGGGGCAGCUCCUCGUCUGGGGAGAGAAAGCCCACGGGGGUCUCCGUGAUCUACUGGGAGCGGCUCCUGCUGGGCCCGGGCAGUGGGGAGGCGGGUGUGAGCCUGCGGCUGACCCCCCAGCUGCGGGCGCCCGCGGGCAGCGCACCCACAGGGGCCGCUCUCACCGACCUGGCCCAGCCGGGCGCGCAGCCCCAGGAGCCCCCAGGGCGGGAGCCCCCUGGGAGGACCGUCCAGAGCGUCCCCGGCCUUGGGGCUGGUCACCCCGCCGGGCAGCUAGGCCUGGGGGCAGCUUGGCACGAGCCUCGGACGCUCCUCGCCGCCGGCCGGGAGCCCCCGCCCUGGGCGGAGCUGGGCGAGGCCCUGCACGCGGCGGGCCCCGGCCUCCUUCCCGGAGAGAAGACCUUCGAGUGCCGGGCCUGCAGCAAAGUCUUCGUCAAGAGCUCGGACCUGCUCAAGCACCUGCGUACGCACACGGGCGAGCGGCCCUACGAGUGCGCGCAGUGCGGCAAGGCCUUCAGCCAGACCUCGCACCUGACGCAGCACCAGCGCAUCCACAGCGGCGAGACGCCCUACGCCUGCCCGGCCUGCGGCAAGGCCUUCCGCCACAGCUCCUCGCUGGUGCGGCACCAGCGCAUCCACACGGCCGAGAAGGCCUUCCGCUGCGGCGAGUGCGGCAAGGCCUUCAGCCACGGCUCCAACCUCAGCCAGCACCGCAAGAUCCACGCGGGCGGCCGGCCCUACGCCUGCGCGCGCUGCGGCCGGCGCUUCUGCCGCAACUCGCACCUCAUCCAGCACGAGCGCACGCACACGGGGGAGAAGCCGUACGCCUGCGCGCUGUGCGGGGCGGCCUUCAGCCAGGGCUCCUCGCUCUUCAAGCACCAGCGCGUGCACACGGGCGAGAAGCCCUUCAGCUGCGCGCAGUGCGGCCGCGCCUUCAGCCACAGCUCCAACCUCACGCAGCACCAGCUGCUGCACACGGGCGAGCGGCCCUUCCGCUGCGCCGACUGCGGCAAGGCCUUCGCCAAGGGCGCCGUGCUGCUCAGCCACCGGCGCAUCCACACGGGCGAGAAGCCCUUCGUGUGCGCGCAGUGCGGCCGCGCCUUCCGCGAGCGCCCGGCCCUGUUCCACCACCAGCGGAUCCACACCGGGGAGAAGCCCGCGCGGCGGCGCCGUGGGGCUCCCGGGGACCGGCCCGCCGCCGCCGCGGGGCCGGCGUCCAAGCAGGAGGAGGCCUGAGGCCCAGCUCCACCCGUGCAGCCCCUCCCACGGCCAACGGGGGUCCCCCUGGGGAAGCCUGUGCGCGCGAUCGGGUUCCAGCCUCAGUGGUGACGGGAUUGGCACUGCGCCGCCUCCAUCCCAGAGACCGCUCUGCAGAAUGGAGAGGAGGCGGGCACUUCGGUGGAGCCGGGGCAUGGCGGUCAGAACCCGGGAGAGGCCGCAUGGUGGCGCCCCUUGUCCCGGGUUAUGCCUGGACCCGGGGGGAGUGGGAGUGCUGCGAUGGGGGUGGAGGCGGUGCAUCCCUGGCUGCCAAGGGGACCCACCCCCACCCCCCCAUGGUCCACAGACAGGCUGCAGCUCUACCUGUGGCCUCUCACAGGGACCCAGGUUGAAACCAAGUCCCUGCAGCUCUGCGGGGUGGGGGGGCCACACGCCUUGGUGCCGGUCUGCAGGCUGUUACCACCCACGUGGUCUGUCGGGAGCCGCUCCGGACCGGGUGGGCGGGCGGCUGAAGCUGUGCCAGAUUGACCAUCCAUGUUUGUUCCGAGUACAACUGCUACCCUUUUUCCUCAGUAAAAAGACGGUUAACUUUC